CUAGCACUUGAGGUUCCAUGACACCACACCACCGCUCAUCUACCACUGCCAGUGAGGCCAAUUGUUUUCCCUGACCCAUGAAUCCCACCACUCGAGGCUUGAAAUGCCGCCUCGACUCCAAUUGAAUGCAUUGGCUGCUUUUCCUCCAUUGCCUAUCGUUAGAUUGAGAGUUCAAUUCCAACGGCGGCUGGCUUCAAGCUCCACACCAGACAUCUAUGAUGUAGUUUGCGUUGGUGGUGGCCCCGCCGGAUUGAGUCUGCUUACUGGACUGCGGAAUUCAAAAAUUACCUCAAACCUAAAGGUGGCUCUCGUCGAUGGCCAGGAUUUACAGAAGAAUCGCCUGCGGAAGGACGCCAGUUUAGAGAGCUUCUCAAACAGAUGCAGCUCCCUCACGCCGGCCUCUGUGAAGAACCUCCAAGAGAUUGGAGCCUGGUCCCAUGCCGCCCAGGCUCGGAUUCAACCGUAUCAGGAAAUGCAAGUAUGGGAUGGUAUCUCCGGUGCCCGAAUAUCGUUCGACUGGGACUCGGCGCGCCCUAUCCUUUCCCCGCGAAGCCCAACCCAACCUACUACAAUAGCGUAUAUGAUCGAAAACAUAAAUAUUACCUCAACUCUCCUCUCCCGUCUCGAGGAACUAGGCGGCGUCCACAUAUUCUCUUCGCAGAAUGUUUCUUCCAUUGCCCUCGGCACCGAAGCCCCGGACGUCGAUCUCUCCUCCUGGCCUGUUCUCACGCUCUCGUCCGGCAAGCAGCUUGCGGCGAGGUUAUUAGUCGGCGCAGACGGCGCCAAUAGUCCCGUCCGUACCUUCGCCGGCAUACCGUCGCGUGGCUUCGACUACAGCCGCCACGGACUCGUCGCCACACUCAAGCUAGCUGGUCCUGGGUGGGGUGGGCCAGAUCACAAAAUCGCAUACCAGCGUUUUCUGCCUACCGGGCCAAUCGCCAUGUUACCUCUGCCCGGGAACGUGGCGAGCUUGGUAUGGAGCACGACGCCUGAGCGUGCGGCGAAGCUGAAAGCAUUGCCAGAGAGCGACUUUGUGGCCAUGGUAAACGCGGGAUUCCGACUCUCGGCCACGGAUCUUGAAUUCUUGCACACGAUGUCGUCAGGGCAGGAAGAAGAAGUCGCUUGGCGGGAGCAACACACGUCGCUCGACACCCACACCAUCCCGCAAAAGGUCACAGCCGUGCAAUCCGGAACCGUAGCUUCGUUUCCCCUCAAACUGCGUCAUGCGGACACCUACACCGGCGAGCGCGUCGCACUUGUCGGUGACGCUGCCCAUACCAUCCACCCGCUUGCAGGCCAGGGCUUGAAUCAAGGUCAGGGCGAUGCGGCGGCACUCGUGCGUACCAUUUCACGUGCCGUGCAGACGGGGCAGGAUAUCGGAUCGGUACUAGCACUGGAGAGUUAUAAUAGCGAGCGGUAUGCAGAGAAUAAUGCCAUGUUGGGCAUUUGCGAUAAACUGCAUAGGCUGUAUAGUGUGGAAUCGGGGCCGGUGGUGGGUUUGAGGACUUGGGGGCUCAAGGCUGUGGAUGCAGUGGGGCCUCUGAAGGGCUUCUUUAUGAAUCGGGCGGCGGGUGGCGUCUAGAUCGGGCCUUCAAAGAAUAGCUCUGCGUAUAUAGUGUAUAAAUACUACAAGACAAUCGAG